AGACGAGACUGAGGGAGCUGAAGGGAGGACGGAGGAGCGCGCGCGCGAGGAGGAGCAGGAGGAGGAGAAGGGAGCAUGGCGGACAGGGUGGCAUCGUGCGGGAGUCUGUGCGACAGCACCAACCUGCUGCUGCAGUACUGCAACAACGAUGACACGGUGUCGGCCAGCAGCAACAUGGACAUGGAGGACCGCGUCUCCCACCUGGAGCAGAGGCUGCAGCUGCAGGAGGACGAGAUCCAGCUGCUGAAGGCCGCCCUGGCGGACGCUCUGCGGCGCCUGGGCUGCUGUGAGGAGCAGAGCCACGCCAGUCAGCCCGCUGGUGCUCACGCCGGGAGGAGGCCUCUGACCGCUGCGGCGCCACCCACCAAAGUUCGUCAGCUCCUGCAGUCUCUGCCUUCCAGGCCGCUGAGUAACGGAUACGUUCAGCAUAAACGCCUCCUUUCAUCCCCGAGCUCCCCAAAGAAAGAGGUGCUGCAGUCCAUGAAGAGGAAAAGCAUGUCGACAGAGCGCCUCACGCUGGUCAGGAGAGAGAUGGCAGCAGAAAGCCGGAGUCGAACCACGUCCUCUAGCAGCUCGUCUGGCAGCAAGAGCAAAUGCAAAGACUACAGCCUCAACGCAGAGGAUGGCUUUGUGAGGAUGUUCCUGCGGGGUCGGCCCGUCACCAUGCACAUCCCCGAUGAGCAGAAGAGCAGUUACAGCCUGGACCAGAAGGGGGCGCUGCCGGACAAGAAGCUCAAACUGCAGUGGGCGUACGGCUACCGUGGCCGGGACUGCCGCUCCAACCUGUACCUGCUGCCCACCGGGGAGAUCGUGUACUUCAUCGCCUCGGUGGUGGUCCUGUACAACACGGAGGAGCAGCAGCAGAGACACUACCUCGGCCACACAGACGACGUGAAAUGCCUGAGCGUGCAUCCCGACAUGGUUACCAUAGCAACAGGCCAAGUGGCUGGCAACUCUAAAGAAGGAAAGCUCCUCGCUCCCCACGUUCGCAUCUGGGACUCCGUCAGCCUCAACACCGUCCACGUGAUCGGGAUGGGGGGGUUCGACAGAGCCGUGACCUGCGUGUCCUUCUCCAAGUCGAACGGCGGGGCCUUCCUCUGCGCCGUGGAUGACGCCAACGAUCACAUCUUGUCCGUCUGGGACUGGCAGAAGGAGAAGCAGCUGGCGGAUGUGAAGUGCUCCAACGACUCUGUGCUGGCGGCCGUGUUUCAUCCAAUGGACAACAAUCUGAUUGUCACCUGUGGAAAAUCCCACAUCAACUUCUGGACCAUGGAGGGCAGAACUCUCACCAAGCGCCAGGGCCUGUUUGAGAAGCACGAGAAACCAAAGUACGUGCUGUGCGUGGCGUUUGCUGAGAACGGAGACACCAUCACAGGAGACUCCAGUGGAAACAUCUACAUCUGGGCUAAAGGUGGGAGCCGCAUCAGCCACGCCGUGUCUGGCGCCCACGAAGGCGGCAUUUUUUCCAUCUGUGUGCUGAAGGACGGCACCAUGGUGUCUGGGGGAGGCAAGGACCGCAGGGUGGUGCUGUGGGACCACGACUACAGGAAGAAGGCGGAGAUGGAGGUGAGCGACUCGCUCGGCCCGGUGCGAGCUCUGGCUGAAGGAAAACCCGAGGAGCUUUUUGUUGGAACCACCAAGAACGCCAUCAUCCGAUCGGCUUUCCCUGACACUCUAACCCCCAUUGUGCAGGGACACACCGAUGAGCUGUGGGGUCUGGACGUCCAUCCCUCCAUGGAGCAGUUUGUGACCUGUGCUCAGGACAAACUGGUCCAACUCUGGGACUCCAACUCCCAUCAGCCCCUUUGGAGCAAAAGCAUUGAGGACCAGGCGAGGUCCGUCGGGUUUCAUCCGAGUGGAGCCGUUCUGGCUGUUGGAACCAUGACUGGAAGGUGGUUGGUGCUGGACGCCGACACUCGGGAUCUGGUUUCCGUUCACACGGAUGGGAAUGAGAUGAUCUCCACCAUCAGAUAUUCUCCAGAUGGAAACUUCCUGGCCGUCGGUUCCCAUGACAACUUUGUUUACAUCUACGCUGUGAGCGAGGGCGGAAGGAAGUACAGCCGCGUGGGCAAAUGCUCCGGUCACUCCAGCUUCGUCACCCAUCUGGACUGGUCCGCUAACAGUCAAUACAUCGUCACAAACUCAGGAGAUUACGAGAUCCUGUUCUGGGAGGCUUCCAACGGAAAACAUGUCACCAACGUGGACACAGUCCGCAACCUGGAGUGGGCCACUUCCACCUGUACGCUGAGCUUCAACACCCUCGGAAUUUGGCCGGAAUCGGCCGACGGCACGGACAUCAACGCCGCGUGCCGCUCCCACGGCGGAUCCCUGCUGGCCUCUGCUGAUGACUUCGGCAAAGUGCACUUGUUCACCUUCCCCUGUUCUCAACCAAGGGCUCCGAGUCUGGAGUACGGCGGUCACAGCAGUCAUGUGACCAACGUGGCCUUCCUGCACGAUGACAGUCGCCUGAUCUCCAGCGGCGGGAAAGACACCAGCAUCCUGCAGUGGGCUGUUGUGUAGGCGGCGCCCGCAUCCUCUGGACCACGUCACCCCCCCCCCCCCCCCCUUCUCUGUGCCUACUGGACAUUUGAAAGCAGAACCUCGCCCGGCGCCACGCAGAUGUCACACUGAAUGAAAAUGCGUGCAGAAAGUGAGUUUGGCCUUGUGGUGACCACGCCGCGCACUCCCAGCAUGCCGCGUGCCUGUGCCUAGUCCGCGUUCACUUCAACCGCCUUUAACAACGACUGCUAUCGCUGUUGACGCACCAACCCGGAGUGCGGUCCAGGUCCAUUCCGGUCCAGGUCCUGGUUCUGUCUGAGUUUCUCAUCGUUUAGUUCUCAGGUUUUCAAAGCCACAAUAAUCAUGUGGGCGGACACGUGGCUUGUUGACGUGACGUGAACGCCGCUUUAUGACCAAUCAGGGUUCAGAGGUUGCGGUGAGCAUGCACUGGUUCCCUUUAGAGCAGUUCAGCCUCGUUUGCAGGAAUGUAGUUGAAGCUUUUCAGAGAGCAUGACGCUGGAAUCCACUAACAAACAAACGUUCGCCCUCAUCUCCAGAAGGUCAUGAGGUGCUUGCAGGUUUUGUUCUUGAACGGUACUUUUAUUUUCCUCCCUUUUUCUUUUGUUUUUGUGCUGCUGCUGUGUUUGAUUGUACUUCCCCUGUGAUUGUGCAGACGAGGCAGCAGAGGGCGCCACAGCGCAGAGGAAUGAGCAUGGCUGAGACGGCCUUCAUGUAGAAGAAAUCUAUAUUAUGCAGUAUAUCUGAGUGGCUGUGUUACUUUAAUAUGAAAUGAUGUUAGUUUUGUGACACUUUUAGCAGAUGACAGAGCGGCCCGGCAGGGCGCUGAGCUGUUGGAGGACGCUGGAACUGUGCUUUGUCUUCUUCUGUUUUGUUAAUAAAGCUUUUUAUCUGGAGCA